AUGGGGAUCAAUCUUGACGAGAUCCACUUUUACCACGGCCCAACUCGCCCGCGGCCUUCUACCAGCGCAGGAGGUGCGAACCCCCGUCACACUACGACACAUGUGCCACACCAUCUACAGCAAUCCUUUCAGUUCUUUCCCACUGGGUUCGACCUCCAUCCAAGGCCUUUUGCGAUGCCGUCCGGGCAGCCGCGACCACUCAUCGGUGCAACUCACGAGUGGAACAUAUUUGACCUUGAGAUCAACAAUGUUUCCAGUCAUACUUGCCCUGAAAUGACGAAAGUGUUCGAGCCUCCAGCGACAACAAGCAUGCCAAGUGCUAGUAAUACUCUGCUGGAACAGGGGGCGUCCGCGCGGCCUUCCUCAGGGUCGGUGCUACCGACGGGUUCCGCAAACUCAACUCCAUACUCUUCAGUGCCAGACCAAGUGGAUACUACUUUUCAUGAUAUACAAGGAAACGAGUCACCGGAUGCUGCGCCUGAGACUACAGAAAUUGAGACUGCACUCCCGUGUGUGCCUAGUGUGGCCGCGCCCGAAGAAGCAACACCUGCGUCGAGCGACCCCUGUGUUGUGGGUGAUUUCCAACAAGAAUCGGCCACGCGGCAAUCAUCUACGACUGGCUUCUCAGACAGUCCGCAUCUUGGGGAAUCCGAGAAUGAAACAGAGCCAAGCCAGACAUCUGCGCUGAGUGCAACCCCGUGUUCCAGUGUGGAUCAAGCCAAGGAGUAUGGUAGAGAUUCGGGCACUGAUGAAGACCAUCUAGCCCCAUCCGGGCCCUCCCUACCCCCGAAUAUGCGCUCUGUUUCAACAGGUUCUCGUGGUCAGACGAAAUUGAGUUUCGACAUUCCAGUACGCUACCCAUCCAUUGCGGUGGUCGUACCACCGCCAUCCUGGAAGCAAGGACCCGCCAGGACAAGCAAAAGGGCCGCUGCAGCAGUAUGUAAAAAGAGACUCCGCUCAGGUCGAAGGACCAACCAUCAUCAUGAUGGGAACAACACCGAUAGCACAGAGCAGCCGAGCCGGAAGAGGAAGAAACGCAGGCCUUCAGACUCAUCUAUUUCCGCUCCUCCUCAUCGUUCCGGUGAAUCUCAGGGUAUACGCGGAAGUGCUCUCCUGACUAUUGAACCGAAUUCCGGUCCGAACCCGGCGUAUUUUUUCACUUUCGUGCCCGACUCCAACCUGAUGCAAUUCUGUACCCAAGCGGCAGCUAUUCCCGCAGAAGAAAUACAGUACACCUCAGACGAGAAUGCACUGCUGGUGCGGCUGAAGGAAAAGGAGGCAAUACCUUGGUCGGAGAUUGCAAGUCACUUCCCUGGCCGGAAUAUGUCAUCCCUUGAAGUCCAUUAUUUAACCAAAUUACGCCACAAGGCCAGCUCUCGGUCUGGGAAACUGAGGAGACGCAAAUGA